ACUGACAGUCACAACGUCAUAAAUAUAAAUGCUAUGCUGGUUGGUUCGUAUAAAUCGAGCUGGUAUUUAUUGUUGUACGGGUUUUGUAAAUCGCGACUAAUCAAUAUUAUGUUAUAUCACGCAAUAAAUACAAGAAAAAAUUGUGUGUAUUAAAGGCUUGACAAAAAGUGAGUGGACUAUAAAGUGAAUAGAACGUGGUUUUGAUGCGGAAUGAAAAUAGUUAUGCAUUUCAUUAGUAUAUAACAUUUGUGUUUUAGGAGCCAUUUACACAUGGCUAGAAGUCACGUACUCUUUUUUAUAGUGGGUGAAGCGACAUGAUUGUUUCAAAAGUACUUAAAUAAUAAUUGAGAGAAUUAUAUCCAGUAUUUUAAAGAGAUUUGAGGCAUUAUAAAGAAAUGGAUAGCAAAAAUAUACAGAAAAAUGCUAUGCAAAAAAGCGCUGAAUUCACUUUCACCCCACCGCCCGAAGCGCCAGUUUUCGAGCCUACGCCGGAGGAAUUUUUGGAUCCGCUGGGAUAUAUUGCAAAGAUUCGUCCCGUCGCUGAAAAAACAGGCAUAUGCAAAAUAAAACCGCCGGCGCGAUGGCAACCACCGUUUUCGCUAGACGUGGAUAAAUUGAAGUUCGUUCCACGGAUACAGAAAGUUAACGAACUGGAAGCCAUAACUCGAUUGAAAUUAUUGUUUCUAGAAAAAAUAUUGAAAUUCUGGGAGUUACAAGGAUCUCCUUUGAAAAUACCCAUGAUAGAAAAUAAAACAUUAGAUUUGUACUGUUUAAAAUUCUGGGUGGAUGAGGAAGGCGGAUUUGAAAAUUGUAAGAAUCCAAAAAAAUGGCGGAAGAUAGCUAACGCGAUGGGGUACAGUCAGAAUGCAAAUACUAUGAAUUUCCUAAGAAGCAAUUAUGAAAAAAUAUUGCUUCCAUACGAAAUAUUCGAGAAAAGUAAAGCAGAUAUAUUGAAAACAGUCAAAAAGGUAGAAAUGAAAACAGAAAUUAAAUUAGAUGGGGAAGGCAGUAAAAGUUCUUUCAAGGAAGUUUCAAUAGAAAAUAUUACGAAAAUAAAGGCUGAAUCUGAUGUAAAAGAUGAAAAACCCCAUACAAGUAUUAAGAAAACAAAAACAGGAUCUGAUAUAAAACUAGAAGUUGAUUAUUCCAAAAUGGAUGAAGAAGAAUCAAAGAGAAACAGAGAACUGAGAAGACUAGCAUGUUAUGGCCCUGGGCCUAAAAUGCCAGGACUGAAUGAUGAAGAAUUUGACAUCACUAAAUCCAGAAAAAGGCCUAGAUAUGAUUUGGACCCUUUAGCUAUUUACACAUGUGCCAUUUGUCAAAGAGACAAUAGAGAUGAUCUACUACUCAUAUGCAAUGGUUGUUCAGAUACUUAUCACACUUUCUGUUUAAAGCCUCCCCUUAGUGCAGUUCCUGAUGGGGACUGGCGUUGUCCUUGCUGCAUAGCUGCAGAAGUUCAUAAACCAGCUGAAGCAUUUGGGUUUGCUCAGGCUGAAAGAGAAUACACUCUUCAACAAUUUGGAGAAAUGGCAGAUAAAUUUAAAUCUGACUAUUUUGGAAUGUCAGGGCAUCUAGUUCCUACAAAUGUAGCUGAAAAGGAAUUCUGGAGGAUAAUUUCCUCAGUUGAGGAAGAUGUUACCGUGGAAUAUGGAGCUGAUUUACAUUCUAUGGAUCAUGGGUCUGGCUUUCCAACUAAGUCAUCAUUAAACCUCUAUCCGGGUGAUCAAGAGUAUGUUGAUUCUGGCUGGAAUUUAAAUAACUUACCUGUACUAGAAGGCUCUGUUUUAAGAUUCAUUAAUGCAGAUAUAUCAGGCAUGACUGUCCCAUGGAUGUAUGUUGGGAUGUGUUUCUCUGCAUUCUGUUGGCACAAUGAAGAUCAUUGGAGCUAUUCCAUAAAUUAUUUGCAUUGGGGGGAAGCAAAAACUUGGUAUGGAGUUCCGGGCAGUGGAGCAGAAUUGCUUGAAAAUGCCAUGAAAGCAGCGGCUCCUGAAUUGUUUAAAUCCCAACCAGAUUUAUUGCAUCAACUAGUUACUAUAAUGAACCCAAACAUCUUAAUGACUGCAGAUGUACCUAUUUACCGUACUGAUCAACAUGCAGGCGAAUUUGUUGUAACUUUUCCACGGGCAUACCAUGCAGGUUUUAAUCAAGGUUAUAAUUUUGCUGAAGCAGUAAAUUUUGCGCCUCCAGACUGGCUACGGAUUGGACGUGAGUGUAUAAACCACUACAAAAAUUUAAAAAGGUUUUGUGUAUUUUCUCAUGAUGAGUUAAUUUGUAAAAUGGCUUUGGAGGGCGAUCGUUUGGAUUUGGAGACUGCAUUGGAAACUCGAAAGGAAUUGGUACGUGCAGCAGAAGAGGAAGAGGCACUAAGAAAUAAAAUGACCAAUAUGGGUAUGAAAAACUUUCGUAGACUGCCAUUUGAGUUGCUUGGUGAUGAUGAGCGACUCUGUGAAGUUUGUAAAACUACCUGUUUCUUAUCAUCAGUGUCAUGUGAUGAAUGUAAUAUUAUGGUUUGCUUAAGACAUAUAAGUGAUAUGUGCCCAUGUGGACUGGAAAAGAAUUUCAUGAACUUCCGAUAUGAUAUGGACGAACUAACAAUUAUGUUGCAAACUCUAGAGUUUAGAGUGAACAGUUUUGAUAAGUGGAUGACAGAAACAAAGAAUAUUUUGCUACCUACCGCACCUGAUAUUGGUAGGCUUCAAAAAUUAAAAGUUCUAAUUGAUGAGGCAGAUGAACUUAAGAUACCAAAGUGUGCACUAUUAACUCAAUUAAAAGACGAAUACACAAAAGCUACAGAGAAUAUUGAACCAAUUGUAAUAGAGUUGGAUGAUGAUUGGCGCUGAAAGUCUGUUUAGUACAAAAUUAAAUCACUCAUCUGACCUUAUUACAAUAAAAACUUGUUACAUGUUAAGGUAACAGAUAAAUGGUAAUUGUAUCAAAUAAUGAUUUGAACUAUGUUUCUAGUUAUUGUCAUCACAAAAAGUUUACUUAUUAAAGUAUCUUAUAAUUUAGAAAUUGAAAUACAAAGAUUUGAUUAAACAAUAUUAUGCUUUAGUCAACAUACCUAAUUUUCUUUUGUGUUCAACGUAUUAUGAAAUCUUGGACAAAUAUUCAUGAUCAUUAUUGUUAAUUUAUGUCUAAUAUUGUAGUAUUGUCAUUUCCAGUGUGUCUGAAGAUAUUUUUGUAUUAUAGGUAUUAUAUCUGUAUAUUGAGGAUUAUGUACCUAUUAUGUAAGUGAUAAGUAAUAAGAAUACUUCUCUUACAUUAAAUAUUGGGAGUAAGAAUUGUAACAAAUCCCACCGUAUUUUAAUUAAAUAAGAUUCUUCAAGGUUUUGUAUCUAUGACUUCAGUAAUGAAUAAAUACUUUCCUAUUGUCUUAAAUAACUAAUGCUAAAACUGUAUUUUUAACAAAUGUGUAAUAAAACUGUUAUAAAUACCUACACCUUGUAAUAUGAAAAAAAAUACAUGUUUGUCAGUUUAUUUAACAAUUAUCCAUGAAACAUACCUAUUUAUGUAUCAAAAACAGUAUAAGUAAAGUGCACAAGUGUUGAGUAAUAAUUAUAAAAAUAGUUAUAAUUAAGGAUGUAGGCAGCUGUGCAAAAUAUAAUUAGAUUUUUGCAAAACCUAUUUACUAACAUAAAUUAAUUUAUUUAAUUUAAAUAUUAGGAUAAAGUACUGCCCAAGUUAUGUAUUUGUUGGAAACUUACAAUUCUAUGUAGAUUACCCGAUAUUCGCUGUUACAUGUUUAUGCCUACAUAAUUUGAUGUGUUCAUAACCAAUCAAGUAAUUGCCACCAAAAUGACAUAAUUUCUAUUAUUAUUUCGCUUAUAUUCUUUAUAUUCGCCAGUAAAAUAGUGCGAGAUAAAUAAAAAGUGAUGCCAUUUUGGUUCCAUUCUUCUAAACAAGAUGAAGAAGAUAUCGAAGAUAGCUAAUGUAAUGAAUGUUUGUUAAUGCUCAUCUUUGAUGGUACAGACCAGUGUUCAGCUGGCUGUUUGGUCAGUUUAAGUAUAUGAAACCUGAAUAUGAUACCAAUUUAAUGACAAGCAGUCAAAAUAUAAACUGUUACAAAUUCGUUAUGGAGUAACUAAAAUGUUAACUUGUUCCCGUAUAAUAAAAUUGUAUUUACGUAAGCAUGCAAAACUAGUCUAAAGUUUCAUAGUUUAAUCUGAUAUCAUUAAGACAUUCAUUGCAACAACUCUACCUAGGCUGUGGUAUAUAUUCUUAUAUUUGACUGCUUCGGUAGCGUAGUUCUAUUGAGUACGCGGUAAUUUCAGAACUAUGAGAUGUCUGGUUCGAAUGUCGAGUCGGGCAAUGCUAACCAAAUACUGACAGUUCACUUAUGCGAAUCCUCAAUUCCAGUUUGGCUUUUCGGCGGGUGAGGGCAGGCCAGGCUGUCGCCUGUGAGGGAUAUCCUAGGGAAAGGACGCCUUAUGCUCAAGGUCAAUACUAUUGCGGGUAAAAAUACUUUGAACUUUGAACAAAUUUUUUUUGGAUUGUGCGAGGUUUUUAUAUCAAUGGUGACAGAUUAUGAAUCUUUAGACGGUGCUGAUGAUAAAAUAUACUAUUUAUAUAAAUUUGCUGUGUAACAUCAUAAAAAGAGUACGGUCCGUUUUACAAUUUCUGAGUAAAUGCUUCUCGUCAUAUAAACUUAUAAGUCGAUGUAAUACAAAACUGAGACUCUAAUCUAUGUUCUCAAACAAAAUACUAUUUACAUUAUAAAAAUUAUUUAAAAUUUGUAAAACAGGCCCUAAAUGAUGUAAAUACUGACACUACUUUUAAUACGCACAAUUAUGCGUAUUUCAACAUAUGAUAUUAGAAAUGACAAACAACAUUACACAAACUUGCUGUUGAUCUCAAUAAAAAUUAUUAGUUUGUGUAAAUUUUGUAUUUUAUAUAACAGCUCCUGAUGGAUAUUAUCACAAUUAGACGCUCACAACUACAUGAUUAUAAAAACAUAUAUUUAAUAGUUACUCUAUGAAAAUUCUGCUCAUGUUGAUUUGUAUUGGACUCGUUAAGCAUAGGAUGAAACCUUCCUUCAAAAAUAUAAAAUACAUUUUUAGUUUACGUCCUGUAGCUACAACUUUUAAGGCUAUGAGGUGUAAAGAAGUAUGUCUGAAUAUAUUAAUUUCAGAGAAAACUGGGCCACUUAUAAUUUAUUGUUUAAAUAUAAGAUUUAUAGAUGAACCACCAAACCUUUUAUGUUUUUUUAAUUGGUUAUCCUAGCAAGGUAUAAUGUUCAAAUGUACCAAUGAUCCAACAUUGCUUUUAACAAUAUUAUAUUGACACUGUUGUUGCAACACCUAGUAGUGCCGUAUAUUUUGCCUAUAAUUUUCGUUUGUAGUGUUAAUGUAAUUAAAUUGACAUAAUUAUGUAUUUGGUAAAAUAUAAAAAGUAAAUUCUUUUUAAAUAUAAGAAUAAAAGUCGGCUGUAGCUAGAAGUUAUUCUAGGUUUACUUAUGUGCUAGAUGCGGUUUUUUAGAGCUUGAGAAUAUAUUUUUAAUUUCAUGAAUGAAGAUAAAUAUUUCCAUAUUUGUAGAAGAAUAAUAUUUUAUUUUUAUUUACACCACGCGGAUUAUGUUAUGUUUGAUGACAUUUCUGUAAAGCCCGAGAAGCCUGUGAAGUUUGAACGAAAUUAUUUUAUAAUAAUGUCAGCAAGUCUGCUAGGAUAAUGCUAUAACUAGGUUUACAUUCAUUUGACUGACUCCACGUUUGUAAUAUUAAUUUGUACUAAAUAUUUUAUCGCACUUGACUAAGAUACAAUUGAUUUUAUAAAUAUAUUCAAUUGUGUGAUUUUAACUGUGAUUCAAAAUUUUGUUUGUUUGCCGCAGACGAAUUAUGUGUGAGUAUUAAAACAUAGGAUUAAAUGACUAGCUCUUAAUUGUGCAA